AUGCAGCCGGUUUCUUUACCAGCUUUUGUGGCCGUUUAUCUUGCUCUGUGCAGUGGCUAUCUUGAUGAUGCUCUUGCUGGAUCGGUGCUGCGAAAUUCGAUAAAGAAUGUACCUGUCGAAAGUGGAGUCUCUAAUCCAAGCAACACGGUCAGUGUGAGACCUCACACCGCAACUUCUGAUAGUGGCAUCAGUCGGAAAGGAGAUAGCGGUACUCCACCGCUGAGCUGCGCUGUCGAUGGUGAAUGCGGUGCUGAUGAAUUCUGCAACGACGCUCGUGGGCUGUGCGUGCCUUGUCGCAAGCGGAGAAAGCGUUGUGUGCGAGAUGCAAUGUGCUGCGGUGGAAAUCGCUGCAGUAACGGUGUAUGCCAGCCCAUGGAGAUGAAUGCCACCCUGUCUGAUAAGCCCAAUGUCCAUGUAACACCAAGGCCUAACUACACAGCAGAAGCUUUGCCUAAGAGGACAACUGCCCCAUUUAGGCCACAUCAGUCCCUGAAAGGGCGUGAGGGAGACACCUGCCUGAGGUCCUCAGACUGCUCCGAGGGGCUUUGCUGCGCGCGUCACUUCUGGUCACGCAUCUGUAAGCCUGUGUUGACAGAGGGACAGGUCUGCACGCGGCAUCGGCGCAAGGGCAACCACGGCCUGGAGCUCUUCCAGCGCUGCGACUGUGGAGACGGCCUGGUCUGCCGCUCGCAGAAAGGAGGAGGAGGAGGAGGAGGAGAGAACCAGCCUCAACAGCAACAGCAACAGCAACAGCAACAGCAAAAGCCAAGCAGCAACAGAGCCACCAGAAACCUCCACACCUGCCAGCCGCGCUGA